GCAUGCAGAAUAUUCCUCCUCUACUCACCUUUUUUUUUUUUUUAUAGUCUAUCUAAUGCCUUGUCGUAUUAUGUCUCACUUGACUUGUCCAACACAUUGAGACCCCCACAAAAAAAAAAAAAUGCACAUCGAAGGAGGGAAUCUCAAAAAGAGGCCAUAUGUAUAUGUCCCUCCACUGAAUUUCAAAUAGAGUACUUUUCCACAGGCUCUGCCCAUUCGUACGUUAUUGUCUAUACCUUUUGCUCACUCUUUUGUUCGUUCACUGUGCUGUUAGUUCCCUUUUUUUUUUUUUUUUUUGGUGAAGUCUUUCAAACCAUCUGAUAUCACGUGGGGACAAAAUGAAAAUUCCCUUUGUUGCAAUCUGGCCUUUCCUUUUUUUUCUCAUUUUGCAAAAAUGUUGCUCAUGCGAGAAGGUAGACUUGCUGCACAAGUUUUACUUCAAAGACGCCCCUGGGAAAAACAAGGGCAUGGCCCCCGGCGAGAAGGAGCUGUACCCAUUGAUACAAGACCUUGCGGCGGAUGACGACAACUACCCCCUCGCAGGUGAACCCUACGACGAACAUUCUUUCCCUGACCCGUUCGUUAACCCCGAGGAGUGCGUCUUGUCCUUAGGGAUCAGCCACACUUGGCUGUGUGACCCUUCCCAUCUUUUGAGUUUGAGCGAACAGCUGGAAGUCGAGGCGGCUCUGCUGAAGAUAAGGGACACGAAUUUCCACAAGUGCUCCAACAAGGGGGUGUUUUACUACCAAGUUUCAGUCGCGCUGGUCCCCGAAAUUGUCAUCAGCAAAAACAGCUCCUAUGAGAAAGCGGUAGAACGUUUCUCUCAAAAGUUGUUGCGAAAAUGGGGCAUAGGAAACAAGGAGUGUCACGACGGCAUUUUGCUGGUAUAUGUAAAACAGCUCGGGCGGUUCAUUAUUUCAAAGAGGGAAGGAGUUGAGGAAAAGUACUUAAACGAGAAGGAAGUGACAAAGCAGUUUAUGGUCACUUACUUUGCCACGGGUUCGGUUGGCAGGUCGUUAAUCGAGACGCUGAAUUUUAUUAACACAAAAUUGCCUUCGAAGCCGCAAGAGCUGACCAACACAGGAAAAACUUUUUUGUUGCUGAUUUUUUUGUACGUUGUGUCUGUCGUUGUAAUAUACAUAGCGACUGCUACAUAUGGAAAAGGUGAUCGAUG